AUGGGGAAGGAGAGGCUUCGUGAGACAGGGAGGAGCAGCAGCAGAGGCAGGGGUGACGGAGAUGAGGAUGAAAAUGAGGGGAGGGGUGAGAGGCAGGUGGGCGACAGAAGCGGAGGGAGCAGGGGACGGGGAUCUGGGGCAGGGGCUAUAGGCUUGGAGGUGAAGGUGGGUGCGAAGCACAGGGGUUCUAGCACUGGAUCAGCUUCCAAGGUUUUUGGGGCAGAGGAGUGGGCAGGUGGGCAGGUGAGAAUGAGCGGGCAGCGGAGUUUACUGAGCAAUGCAGAGGAAGGUGAGGAGGGACAGAGUAAACGCAUCACAGCGAGGCCUUGUCAGUUGCAUUUUAUACAGGAUGACAGUCUCAGCGUGAAUUAUUCCACUACAGGAGCAGGCAACGAGUGGAUCGCAAAUCAGGGAUUAACAGAGUCAUGGAUGGGGGAGAUUGCAGCGCAGGGCGUGUCGGUAGUGGUGUUGAACCGAGGGACUCACUCCAUCCCUGAUGAGCAGUUUGAGCGGCAAAUGCGGUCCACACUGCUGGCACUGCGGCAGACCUACCCUGACCUGCUCAUCCUCUUUAUAAUCUCCCCCGCUGCGCACACCAAAUGCUGGGAGCACUGGAAGCCGGUGAAAGAGGUGGUAAAGUCCACGCUUGCAGAUGGUGGGAACGGGGAUGGGAGGGAGGUGCAGAAUGGGAUUGCCAAGAGAGUGGUUGAGAUGGUUGGAGGGGUGUAUGUGGAUGUGGAUUAUAUGACUGCCCUUAGACCUGAUGGGCAUGUGGGGAGGGAUUGUACUCGUUAUUGUCAGCCAGGGCCGGUGGAUACGUGGUCGCAAGUACUGUACAACAUGCUGUUGGAUCUUUUGUAA